UCCCCCACUCACUCUUGCGCCAUUUCCCCGCUCUGAUUCGUUCAGCCUUUUUCACAGGUUUAUGCUUCUAUUUUGGCUGAAAACGUCGUCGUUUGCGACAGCGGAUGAGUGGAUGGCAAAGGAGAGCAGCCGGAUUCCACCAGCACGUUGAUGGCGGGCAGAUUCCGCUGUAGUGGCUGAUCCUCCACCUCGAUCUUCUUCUUCUCCUUCGAACUUUAUGAGUUGCAGACUGGUGUAGUAACUCUGAUUCGCCGCCCCAGCAUUAGGCUUCUUCUUUGCCGGAUCCUUCUUCCGUCGGCCUUCGUCAAACGGGAUUGCAGCUCCAAGGUUUUUGCUCUUUUAUCUCCUCCAACGUUUAACCCUCAACCGUAGCUGAUCAAGGGAAGAAGAACGAACCAGACCACUGAACUUUCACUUUGGUGUGGACGAAGGUAAACGAACCCUUCAACAGAGUUGUGAGAACCUACUCAUCGAAGCUUGGAGAUGUCAGAGUAGUCAGGGAAGUAGCCAGAGCACUUGGAUGACUAUGAGAAAUGAUGGAUUAGUCAUUGAGUUAUAGAAAUUCCUCAGUCAGCUAUCUCAAAGUACGAUUUCCACAAAGGCUUUUAACUGUCUCCAUCUAGGUCAUUUGCACUUAACUUGUAUGGAGAAACAUCUGCGAAAUCAAGCUUAUGUGCAUUAUAACCAUACUAAUCCUUGCCAAUAUGUGAGAUGGACUGCAAGGGAAAGCUACCAAUUUAUGUAUGCAAGGCCUUGGCAACUAAUCAAUGAUUUUUAUUUGCAUGUUGUUCAAGGGAGGUUGUCUUUACCAGCUCUGUUUGGAUCCCAGAUACUUAAUGAUCAAAAUGAUACUGAAAUACCAGUACUUUCUGAUGAAACUAAGUUGGAAAGUUCUGUUUCUGAGGAUCGCUUUGGGAGGUGGGCAAGAACAACAUUCAAAAUUGUUGUUUCAUAUCAUGGGGCCUCAUUUGAUGGGUGGCAAAAGCAACCAGGAUUGAAGACUGUCCAAAGCAUAGUAGAGGGAUCUCUUGGGGAAUUUGUUGAUGAAAAGAAAGCACGACUGCUUCGGGAUAAAGGUUUACUUGUUGAAGGCUGUGCUGUUGUGGCUGGGCGCACAGACAAAGGUGUGACAGGCCUUCAACAAGUAUGUUCUUUUUACACUUGGAGGAAAUGUGAUAUUGAGGAUGCAAUCAAUCAUGCAGCACCAGGAAAAAUUAGGGUCAUAUCUGUUUCUGAGGUGUCACGCAUCUUUCAUCCUAACUUCUCUGCAAAAUGGAGGCGUUACCUAUAUAUUUUUCCGCUCACUGAUAGUGAGUAUGGAGACCAAAGCAGCGGAAACGGGUCCUGUGAGAAUGUUGAAUCUGAUGAUAUUCAUGAUUCUACCGACAUUGAGUCUCAAAGUGAAAAGAAAUCUUAUGUUUUCACUGUAAGAAAGGUGAAUCAACUUUUACAACAAUUAGAAGGGAAGGUGUUAUCCUACAAGAUGUUUGCCCGUGACACAAAAGCUUCAAGAAAUGAUGGUCCACCUACAGAGUGCUUUGUUUUCCAUGCUCGAGCUAUGGAAGCCAGAUUACCUGCUACUGUUCAUGUGAAAGAAUCAAGGCUUAUAUGCGUUGAGUUGGUUGCUAAUCGCUUUUUACGCAAGAUGGUUCGAGUACUUGUGGCAACCUCAAUAAGAGAAGCUGCUGCUGGUGCGGAAGAUGAUGCCUUAUUGAAGCUCAUGGAAGCCACAUGCAGGCGUGCCACCGCUCCUCCAGCACCACCUGACGGCUUAUGUCUUGUUGAUGUAGGAUAUGCAGAAUUCAACCCACAAAUAUGCUUCAUCCGGAAAUAGUAAGAGUUGCUUUGGAAGCUUAAUAAAAUCCUACUAUGGAAAAACAAGCCAUGUAUUUCAUCUUGAAAUGUACUCCAGAAUACUCCCCAUUGAUUCUUUGUGCAUUUUAAUCAAGAUAUAUAUUUAACACUUUCAUGAUUA